AUGACUGAGGAAGCCAUCACAUCUACAAUUACUAGAACAGUCACUCUCACGCGGAUGAGCAACGGCACUAGCAUAUCCUACGAGACCAAUUUCAUGGAUUAUAUAAUCGCCGCGACAGUGACUUUGCCCUGCCCGAGUAGCACUGCCGUCAACUCGGCUACCAACCUAUGUCGCAAAUGCACCAAGACCAAGUUGUGGACCACCAUGCUGAACGCCACAUUGACCGCCACGCCGUGUGCAAAGCUUCACCAAGGCGGUACUGCUGCCGAUGCCAGGAACCGCAACCGUGAACACCACUAUUUUCGAGACGCCGUGGAUGGUAACCCUCACCAAGACCGGUCCCAAAACACCAGAGGCGAUGCUCAUAAUCAGGACCGCUUCUGA